AUGAAUAAUACAAUCGAUAAUCAUCAAUGGAAACAAAUUAUUCGUAAUUAUUUACAAAAACUCCAAGUACUUCGUUUAACUAUGAGAGAUAAAUGUACUGCAUAUGAAAAUAUGCAAAAACAAAUCCUUCGUGAUGAUCAUCGGGAAUGUGAAGAAGAAAACGAUUCUGAAGACAUAUCAUUAUUCAUGAAUGAUGAUGAAUUUUGCGACGAAACUACAUCAUAUAAAGAUGAAUUUAUUCAAUGGUUAACUGAUCGUUUACCAUCAACAGGUGUAAUUGUCAAAGAUUCAGACUCACUUAGUCAUAUUUGA